AUGGAAGAGCCCGUGCGCCAGCAGCUACUCGGAGACACUAUCUACGCGAGUCUGACCGAAGCCGACCUCAUCGAUCUCGUGGAACAAGCGAAGGCACAGCUGCACGACUCGUGGCAGCGCUCGACGAUAGCGUCCGAGGCGUUUGCGGUUGGCGUGUGCCUCGUGACGAGUCGAGUCGUGGGGUACCUCGUCCAGCAUCGACCCGUGUCAGCCCAUACAGUACCGUCGCAGUGGCCCAAGCGCGUGUUCUUACUGGAAACAGCAAUUGCAAUUGCUUCCACAAGUGUCAGAGACUCGACGGCCGACGAUGUGGCGCUCACGUGUGCUGAAGGUCGGGAGGUGUGCACUGUUUACGCGCACCUCCUGCGCAGACUGUACCCAACCGCACGGUCGCCAGUUGAAGCAAUGAAAGUCAUGAACAAAGUGGGUGUGCUGCUGGCCAUGAGCUGGUUCGCAUAUGACCGAACGGGAACGAUCGAUGCAGUGGAGAAGCUGCUGACGGUGUGCAGCGACUUCUGUUUGCAGCACCAACCGAUUCGGUAUCUGAGUAAAUGGCCACAAUUUCUGCUUGGAAUGGUCAAAGUCGUUGAGAAGAACGAGUGCCGUGAAGCUUUGCAGUGUUUUGGCAAGACUGUGGCGCAAUGUGACGACAGGGCAGCUGAGGACAGUGUGUUUUUCUAUUGGUAUGCUGUGGCGUUGAUUGGCAACGGACGUUUUGAUGAUGCUGCCACUGUACUUGACCGGUGCAUUCGACAAAACUACGAACCUGUGGCUUGCCUGUCGCUUCAGGCGCUUGCGAACGUGAAACUGCAGGAUUAUCACGCGGCGACGGGGCAACUUGAGCGAGCGUUGCAGAUCGACCACACGCACUUAAAGUCGCUAAUGAACUAUGCUCUCUUGAUGGAGCAAAUGGGUAACACGGACGUGGAACAGCAACUGCUAGAGACGGUGUUGAAGAUCCGUGAAGGUGUGGGCAACAAACACACGUAUACUUUCGAGUGCAGGCAGAGAAGUGAGGCUGCAAAUGAUGCUUCUGGCGUGCCGAUGCCAUUGACGGCACUUUUCGAGGAUGUUUGUCUGGGGUCGCUGUUUCCGUCUCGGCGGACGGGCGUCGUGGACAUGUCGACAGUACAUCACCGUCUGGCUUUAGCGGCACUGGAAAACGGCAAUUGGCUUGAGUCGAAACAUCACUUUGAAGCGUUUGUUGGUCUCGAGGGUCCGUGCACGUCACUCAGUGUGGACGUGGAUGUUGCUCGGGACUAUGUCUACGUGCUACUUCAGUGCAAGCUUCCCUCGCUGGCACUUAUCAAAUGCGAACAGUUUUUGCUGGAAUUCGAACGCGAUAACACUACGCAAGCAGUCAAAGUGGAAGCAGCACUGCUUCUACUCCAUUUGUACAGAGCAGAUGCUCUGCUGUGCUUGGAACGCGUUGGUGACUGCUACGAGUACCUUCGCCAGACAGCCCAACCGAAAAUGCAAGCUUUGAUGCAAUGGUCGAGUGCUACUGGUCCGGCGAUAUCCAGAGAGAUUGCAUCGUGUCACUCGCAGUUGCUGAACAAUUUAGCGGUUGCCACAGCAUGCCAUCGGGGCGUCGAUGCCGGUCUCUUGCUAUUUCGCAACGGGUUGGCACAAUACCCUGCUUCUCUUGCCAUGCAGUUCAACCUCGUCCUGUUGCUUUGGAGGAAAGGCGAUCGAGCCACUGCGUGCUCUGUGUGGAUGAAAGCUCGGAGGUGGAGUCUGCAAGCAAAGCAUGGUGAAGUGAAGCUGACUCAUGGAGAACGUCCGUAUAAUAGUGCGGAUAUUUGUCUGAAUGCUGCAAUAUCUGCUAGUCAUUCGCGAGACCCCUUUAUUUCGGAGCACGUACAAGGAACGAUUGACGGAGAAGAUGGCGUAUCUGCUCGGCAACUCCUGUACGUGGAUGCCUUGAUACUGAACUAUUGGCGCAAGACUCGGGACAGCGAACUUCUCGAUCGUUCUCUUCGAUAUGUUGAGUAUCUUGAGAGGUCGGGCACGACAAGUGUGACUCGGUGA